AUUAGUCGAACGGCUCGCGUUGUCGCGCGCGACGCCACCCGGCGCAUCCUCGAGAGCCCCCGCCUCCUGGACUCCGGAUAUUCAAGCCACGGCCCUAGGAAAUAUCAAGCCUUCCUGGCCUUUUUCGAACUACGGCCUUUUCGAGCCAAAAAAAUGCUCGUACGCGAACGUCAAAAGCAGCGUCGCAUGUAUCACGCCAUCUUGCGUCCGAGAAACGCAUCGAGGCCGCCUCUCCUUGGGUCAUCGUUUCCAACCUUCAGCUCCCGUUUCCAUUCCAUCUCCUUUUCUUCUCCUUUCGAAAAUCUAGUUGUUCGUCCCACGAUUUGCAUCCUCAAUUUUACAUUUCGCCCGCCCGCGGACUUUUCUCCCAUUUAUUUCCCCGCGUUUCUCGCUCAUUUGACAUUUCGCGUUUGACGUUUCGACGUACCUCCGAUUUUUUCAUCGGAUGCGACGCAUCUAGAUGUUCGCUGCUCCGUGACUGUUGCUUUCUAGAAGAAAUAUUAUCGUAUGUUAUCUACCUAUAUGGCAUUCCGUUAAUCUCGCUUUUGAUCGCCCGACGCACGAGCUGUCAAACAGCUGUCAGACAGCUGUCAAACCGCUGUCAAACCGCUCGUCGAGCAAAAUCGUCGGAGCCAAACGGCUAAACGCGAGGUUUGCCGCAUACUUUGACCCGGAAGUGGCUAUCUUCAAGGCGAUUCGCGAUGCUGAACGUUCCAUGUUAUAAAUAAAAUCAUUUUCCUACUUUCUCUCUUUUCCCGCCAAAAUCCAAUUCCCCGAAAAAUGUAGAAAAAAUACAAGAUUUGUUUUCGCUUACCCUCUUUUUUCAAAUACAAGUCGAAAAUACGUGAUCCGACUCGGGAGGGAUCAGGGAGAGGAAGGAGGUGCAGAAGGUGCAGCUAAAACGAACAGACUCGACUUGAUGUUUACAUCGCACAGUUAUAUCGCGCGAGCGAGCGAUCGACGAAACAACCGCGGCGGCCAUUUGCAUUCGCGGGACGGACUCUCCGUCCGAAUGGAGAACGGAUUGUCUCGAUCGUGGAACGCUUCCUGGCGUACGCGGCCGACUUGUUGUGAGAUCGUUUUGCCGUUUGUAAAAUGGCGAGGCCGAGCAACGACGCUUCGAGGAUCGUCCGCGCGAAUAUCAUUCAGGAGAAUGAAAAGAGGCUGCACGAGGCGCGAAUUAAGAAUCAGGGAAAGAGCCGAGCUAGGCAAGAUCUAAACAAAUUGUUCAAUAAACUCAAUCAGGCUGAGGCAACAAGCUUGAAAACGUCAGAAAAGUUCAAUUCUUUGUGCUACAAUGCGAGUAUUAUUUCAAACUGCUGGUAUGGUCCGGUUCUAGGAUUUCCACCUGGUUCCUGGUGGGGCAUACGCAUGGACUGUUCCAGAGACCACAUGCACGAUCCAUUUGACAAAGACAUACACGAAGGACCAUUCGGAGUUGUUUCCAUCUGCACCUCUCACACCAACAUGAACGAAGAUGUGGAUCUUGGUAAUUUUCUCACUCUCACGGGCCAAGUGUUCAAUGAGGAUCAACCUGACGCGGAUCCGUUUCUGCGCAACUACAAAAACCAGAUACCGUUGAGAUUAAUCAGAAGCUACAAUCUGCAAAACGAUAUCGCGCCCAAUACGGGUUAUAGGUAUGACGGGCUCUACAUAGUUAUAAGCUGUUGGAUAGGCGUGGCUUCGAACGGAAUCAAGUACAACAAGUUUACGCUAAUGCGUCUCGCUGGUCAAGAACCGCCAAGCUGGAGCAAGACCAACCCGGACCAAUUUUCCGCGCGGCAAUGCGUUCCACCGUCGAGAUUGAAUCACUCGAGUGUAUACGAUUUGAGAAAAUGUUCGUACAACAGCGGCGGAAUUUGCGGCAAGCGGAAACUUAGCCACAGAGAUGAUUCACCGGCUGCGAAAACGACUUCAACGUUCGUCGAUGUCGGCCGGAAACCCGUACCUGAAAGCUCCAUCGUCACGCGUCACGUCUUCAAGAAGCCACCGAGCAACGCGGAAAACGCGACGUCGACCAUCGUAUCCGAUCAAAAACCAUUAACGUGCCUGGGUGCGUCGUCUACGAAAACUCACAGUACAAACAUCUCGAUACGCAUGGGUUUGUACGAAUCGUCGCAUAACGCGCAGGACGCGAAGAGGAACGUGUCGACAAUGUUGCAUAAACCGUCCAAGUCGAUCGAUAUCGCUAUUCGCACGGCGCUGGAUAUGGAGAGUGUUCGUGCGGCAUCGAGAGACGAUAACAAACUUGUCACUAAGUUGGAUAAAGCGCUGGAUAAUCCUCAGAUCAAAAGUGAAAAUGUAACUUGCAACGGCUACAUACUGCCUGAGAACGCCAACGAAGUCGUUUGUCCGUUGAAGAAGCGUGGAAGAAACCUACAAGCGUUAAACUCCACGGAACCUUCGCAUACCCCUGUCUUGUCUUCGUCGCCAAACAACCUGGAAGACGGUGCAAAUAUCGUCGAGGAACAACUUCCAAAUGUUCAAGACCACUCGUAUUCGCAAGAUUUAAAUCCCAGCAACGAACCGGAUGUACAGAUAUCAAAUCUCAGAGACGAAUCAACUGUCCCGAAGAACUCCAUCUCGACGCAAGACAAGGUUCCUAAUCACAACGAUACCACUUUGGAGGUAUCGAAUGAUUCGCUCUGCGCACAGAGCAUAAAGUCUUUGGACUCUUUAACGCCGGAUAAGAUCUUGAAUUUGAUUAACAAGGAGAAGCAUCAUCCUCUGUCCAAGUUACUGAUUGGAAAUGUGAUAGGUUUAACGACCGAAGAAUGUGCAAUGUUGAACGGAUCGAAGGUAACGACUUUGGAUUCAAAGAGCAAGAUGCAUAUAUCAUCAAAGGUGAAUCUUAGGAAGAACAGACGUAAGAAAGGAGAUAAUAUAAAGGAGAACGUCGCGUGUCUGGACAAUAGAAGAUACUGCAAAUAUUCCAGAUCCAAGAGAUUAGCUUGGAAGGUGCAAUCGGAAGCGGGGAAAUUCGACAAGGCUCUACCUGGUGUAGAUUGUCAAUCGUGCAACGAUCAGAAAUGUAACAGUAAUGCGAGGAAGAACGAUCAGAGUGGGAUAUCCAAGAAGAGCAACGAGUACUUGGCACCAUUUCGUGUGAAGACUUCGCUUCAGACUAUCGCCCAGCAUACUCGCAGCUCGUACGACAUAAAGACUCGUCUUAGAACCGAUAAAGGCGCGGUGGGGUCGAUGAAGCAGGACUUUUCCGACUCGUCGAAGAAAAAGAAGCGGGACAGAGAGAUCGCUAAUUUGUCUAUAGACGCCAAUUUCGGUCCUAUAACUCGCGGACCUAGAAACCGAAGAUUACGAUGCAAAAAUAAUACUUACGCGAACAAGAGAUGUUGCAGCACCUUCAAUACCGUGAUAUAUUCGCCUAGCAAACGAUGCAAGUCUAGUUUUAAACGAAAGAGCAAGCUGACCAAGGUGAAACGGGUCGGUGACGGGCGACCCAAAACCAGAUACGCGAUUUCCAAUGCUCUACGUACAAAAGUCGACGGGGAUUCGAUGGAAAGGCAGAAGAGUUUCGAGGCUACCGUCGACACUGAUAACGCGAAUAAAGAUUACAAUCGUAACAACGUCGGCAAGAGGAAGGAGAAUAGAGUCGUGAAGAUCGAUACCGACGACCGCAACAUCUCCAAGGUCACCUUCGACAGAAGCCUCCGGAAGAGACUGACGCGAACGAUUCCUCUGUCAUCGCAUCACGGCACAGCUCCAACCAAGCCUCUCCUGCAUUAUUUUCAUAAGAAACCGACCCAGAAACCCAGCACGAUGGACGCGACGACGCAGUGCAGGCUCAUCACCGACAAUCCGGAAAUCUACGUGAUCGGACAGCUGAACGAUCGAAGGGCGAUCCUGAAGAUGGAGUGGGACAAGUAUGAGAAGCUAAGAUCGGAAUCCAUAUCGUGCGACGAGGAUCAAGAAUUCCCGACUUGCCAGGCCUCGCGACCUUCUACCUUCGCGACGAGGAGCAACGACGAGGGAAGGAAGCAGGAUAGAACGUCGGCCUUCGUCCCCGUGACGAACGCCUUCGACAGCGAUCUGCGAAUCGCGCGUCUCAGGUCGAUCGGUUUCAAGCCUAUAAUCAAACCACGAUCUCCUCUCGUCGAUUCCAGCCAGGACCCACUGAGCAAGGUGGCCAGGCGAGACGUUGCGGAGAGAUACGACAAGUACGCCAGCGAGGAUGACAAUACGGUCGUUUACAUGGACGACGAACUGCAGUAUCAGGAUAUCGAGGAGGAAGAGAAUACAUCGGCCGACACGUCGGUGCAGUCGAGGAACGAGGACGCGUUUCCGGAAACGUCCUGCGAAAACAUGGAACCUCCCUGGCACGGUUGGAAGAAGAUUGAGGCGAACAAUCGAUCGUAUUGGAUCGGCUGGUAGUAGUCGAUUGCAAAUUGUUGAUGUACAAAUUCUGUCAAUCUUCUUCUCGCCACUGCAAUCAGAAAACAAAAUGAACAUAUUUCAUCCACUCCUGAGUGUAUAUAUAUAAUAUUUUCUAUUUUUAUUCUUUUUUGCCAAAAAUUCAAGGCUGUUGAUGACAUUUUAAAUUAUUUUUCUAACAAUAAUAAUACGGUAUUUGAAAUAUUUA